GAUUACCUCAGCGCUCGCUUGACUGGUAGCAGGCACUCUGUAAUGACCGUAGCCAAAACACAAAAACAGGCAGCGUGCACCGGAACCUCGCCACCGAAGAGCUGCACCCUUGCUCACCACGAGCACAUUGAUAGUAUGACCAAUUCAGGAUGUAUACAUGCAGUCGUUUAUGCCACUUAGGCUGGCCGUGUUGCUCUUUGCGUCGUCUGGCCGCAUGAGGGUUUAGCUCGAGCUGCGAGCGCGGGCUUAUCAGUGCUGGCACACCAGUGUACCCGGCCUGAGGAUUUGCAUAUCCAGGCAUCAUAAUAGCCUGGAUCUGGUCAAUGUGCUUCCGCCAAGCCGCGCGGCCGAGAGCAGACCCCACACAUUGCGUUAUUUGUGCCGACGCAAGGGCGGCAGACACGCCAUUGGGCAGCGUGCAGGCGGCGGCGGUGCACUGAAGCGGAGUCAAGACGAUGCCUUCGGUCAUUCCCCCGUUAACGUCGCCGGCGCAUCCUGCGCUGCAUGGGGCGCUGCCCACAGCGCACACAGCAGCCAACGAUGCGGCCAGCCUGGCAUCCGGAGCUGCAGCCGAGCCACCGCAACACCAGUGGCCGAGUCACCACUCUGUCACAUCGGAGUCUCCGCACAUCCCUGCACCUGCGGAGGACGCGCCCGAUCCUGCCGCCGCCGCCGCGACCACCGCAGGAGCAGCCACAGGGCCAGUCCAGUGCCGGGCUGGCACUGUUGCGGCACCCACUGUUGCACUUGUUGUUGCUAAUGUCCACGGCGGCUCGCCUCCCAUCCCCACUUACAGCCCAGCACAGUGCUGUGGGCUGGGGCAGGUCGACCGCGCCUGCAGGGGUCCCGGGGACCUGGCGGGCAGCUCACCGCCCGGAGGUGUCAGCGGUGUCAGCGGCAGCACACCGCCCGCCACCGCCACCUCCACCACCUCCACCUCGCCCUCACCAGCGGCGGCGCUGCUGGCGGCAACGCUGGUCCGCGCCCGUGCCGCCCACUUUGAGCGACUCCGGGGCGUCACAGUCACACAGCUCCCGGGGCUGGGCGGCGGUCUGCCCGGGGCCUGUCCCGGCACCGCCCCAGCGCGGGGCCUGGCAGCGGCGGCUCCGAUUGCAGGCAGCUCCUUUGCAGCCGGCGGCGGUAGUGGUGUUGGCGUUGGUGUGUUUGCAAUGGACAUGGAGCUAGACCUAGCGCGGGACGAGGCGCCGCCCACGCCACGGCACUCCACAGCCGCGGCCAGGGCGGGCAAGGCCAAGGCCGCCGCGGCCCUGGCGCCACUGCCGCUGCACCCGCUGGCGCCGCACCCACUGGCAUCCGCGGCGGCGGCCGGGGGCAGCGGCGCGGCUGCAGGGCUAGGGGCAGGCGCAGGGGGUGGCUCGAUGUGCCUCAGCCACAGCCUCAGCCGCUGCGGUAGCGGCAGCAGCCUGCAGAGCAGCCUCAGCGGCGCCGGGCUGUGCGGCAGCGGCGGCAGCUGGCAGGAGGACGAGUUCAACGCGCUUGCGGCGACACUGGGCGGCGGCACUGCCAGCAGCUGUAAGGACGGCGAUGGUGGCGGCGGCGGGUUCUCGGGUCAGCCGCCCUUCGACUGCUACUCGCGCUACGGGGAUGACGCCGGUGACUACACCACUGACGGCGAGGAGGAGGAAGAGAGCAUAUUUGACCGCCCGUCCUGGGCCUUUGGAGUGCUGGGCGCUGCCAAGCCGCCGGCAGUAGCAGCCCCAGGUGGUGGUGCGGGUGCUGCUGCCAGUGGCUGGGGCGGCCUGGUGUCGGGGCUGCGGCAAGGAUGGCGCAGGAGCGGCCACGGCAAGGCGGGCGCCGGGGCCGCGGCCGGCAGCGCAGGCUCAAGCUCGGGCUGUGGGCCGGGGGCGCACCCGGUGUUCCGGCCGAAGCGGCGCUGGUGCUUUGGCUUCAUGUUCCCGCGGCGGCAGCGGCCCGCCAAACACAACCCGGCGCUGUCGGGGCCGCUGCCUGGCGCCACAGCGACUGCAGCGGCGCCCACGGCACACGCAGCAGUCGGUGUGGGCGCAGGUGCCGGGGUCAGGGGGUGGCAGCCCGGCCGGCCCUGGUAUGCGGGCGGCCGGCCCUCACUGGGCAUUGCGCUGUCCCGCACGUCGUCCGGCAGCGCCCUGUGCGCCGCGGCGGACUCGGGGGCCGGCCCGGACGGCGGCUGUCAGGCCGGAACGUCAGCGGCAGGCGGCUCCGGCGCGCAGCCCGGCUGCAGCAACCCAGCAACCGGCCUGGGGCCGCACGCCUUCCCGCGGUUCGGGGGCGGCGGCAUUGUGCGCAGCCUCACCCAGCGCUUCGGCCGCGCCGCCUCGGGUUCCUUCACCAUAGGCGGCGUGCAAUACACACCCGGCGCCACAGCCGCAGGCGCCGGUGCCGGCCGGGCCAAGUCCUUCAGCGGCGGCGGGGAGCCCAGGCCCGGCCCCGCCGGCAGUGGCAGCAUCAGCAGCGGCUGCUACGGCCCUGGCGCUGCCGGCCCCAGUGGCCGGCCCUACGGCGCCGCCGGCACUGCCACUGGCGCUGCCCUGGACGCCCUGUUUGACGACCUGGUGGGUCACGUGGGCCAGCUGCUGGGCAGCCACCCGCACGUGGCGGCGCACAUGGGCGCGGUGGAGGGCCUCAGCGACCGCCUGCUGCAGCUGCACGGGCUGUGCGAGGCGCUGGAGCGCAAGGAGGACGAGGUGGAGCACCUGCGGGGUGUGCUGCGGGAGCUGUCGGUGACGCGGGGGGAGGCCAUGCGGCUAAAGGUGCACCUGGCGGAGUCGCUGCAGGGGCUGCAGGAGGAGUACGCCAGGGUGCUCCGCAGCGCCACACUGGCCCAGGCCACCUGCCGCCAGCACGCCGCCCGCGCCGCCGCCGCUCGCCGCCAGCUGUCGGACGCCGCCGCCGACCUGGUCCGGCACCAGGCGGCGCUGGCGGCGGUGCGGCAGCGCAACCGGGCACUGGCGGCGGAGAACUUGGCGCUGGCGGCGCAGGUGGCGGCGCUGGAGGCGUCACGGCCGGACGUGCGGCGCGGCGGCAGCUACCUGCAGCUGGUGGCGGCGGCGUCGCCCGUCAUGUACUGAGCAGUCUGGGAGCACGGGGGGGCGUGGGGCGAGGGACUGGAUGGCUGGCAGCCGUGGCAGGCGUGGCCAUGAUGCGGCUGUGGGGCCGGUGGGCACAGAUGUGCCUGGCAGUGGGGCCGGGAGGCGGUCAGCCUGCGGCGGCGGCCGUGGCCGUCAUGUGCAGGGUGGUAAUCAUGAAUGUAACACCCCCCGUGGUGCGGCCAUGAGCAGUGCCACGAGCAGCGCCAUGGAGAGCGGGAGCGAACGACUGCAGUGCAGGUGGUGGUGGUGGUCGUGGUGGUGGUGGUAAGCCAACAGUGCUGAGGCUGGGGACGCGGAGUAGCCGUGUGCCGGAGCCGCCGGCAUGUGCGCUGCCCCCUCUGCCCCUCCACCCCCAAAGGGACAUGGAGCAGGGGGGGCUCACACAUACCGGCGGGUGGAGGCCGCGUGCGAGAUAGCCGCUCGUGACGAGGAGGAGGAGGAGGAGGAGAUGGGGUGCGGGCAGGCAUGGUGGCUUGCACAGACAACAGCAGCGGCGCUUGGAACAAAUGCAAUGGCGCAUGAGCUUGAACGUGGAUCGUGAUAGUAAAUGCGCACUGAACAUAAGUGAGAUUACUAGCAACACUUUGUUGCAAUUGCAUAUGCAAGCUGUUCUUAAGACAGGUAUGGUGCAUGGGCCUGCGGCAGGCGGGCAGGUAGCAUAAGAUUCAGAGAAGGCUGUCAGAGUAGGGGACCAGUGAGGUGUGGGGAUGGGCAUGGAUGUAAACGGCUUGCAUGGGGCACAGGCAAGCAGGGAGGCAGGUGACGGCAGUGUGAAUGCCGGGCAGAGAAACAGGCAGUGGGACAGGCAGUGAGACAAGAUAGUGUUGGUGGCGGCACAUGGGGGACAGGACAACAGGGUGUAUGUGGGGUGACUGCGUGCUUGUGUGUGUUGUGCGGGCGCCGCACUGGUGCUGAUGUGGUUGUGGCCGUGUGGGUCUGUGCGUGGAGGACCGGGCGGCCUGUGUGUGGAGUGAGGCAUGCGCUGCCGCUGCCGCUGCCGCUGCAUGGGGGGCUGCCCGGGCUGGGCUGUUUGCGCCUCUGUGCGCCACACGCCACAGCUGUUGCGCAGCUGGCACACGUCCCCCGUUGGCAGGUGACGGGUCGCUUGCGCACAUGCCUCCCUGGCGGCACAUGCGGCACCCACAAUCUUUUUUUGCGCGGCUAUGUCCGUGUUUGUGUGCAUGUAUGCAUUCUUGAGAAAGGCAUUAAUGAGACGAUGCGAUGUGGUGAGUACAUACACCAAAGAUUAUUACCGUACCGUACAUGGGGUGUGUGCAUGUGGUCUGGAGCGCGGUCCGCUGAGGUUUCAUACCAUUCUGGUCAGGUCAGGACCAGGGGAGGAUGACAGUCAGUAGGCACGUGAGAUGUGUUGGGGCAAUCGGGCGUGGAAGAGUGGGCGCUGGAAUCCUGAACUCGGCCCUUGCGCCCAGCUAUCCGCACAUGUGCGUUUGCGGUGUGGGAGGGGGCGGGGACAGCUGAAUCGUCACAAGGCCUCCAAAAGAUUGUCCGGGGCAUUGAAAUGGCAAUGCCCUGUCACUGGGAAGAAGUCAGGAGUAUGUGCGGAUGUAAGACCACACGAAG